AUGGCUCGCAAGAAGAUUGCCCUCCAGUACAUCAAGAAUAAGUCCAGCCGGCGCCGUACCUUGGAUACGCGCAUGAAGAACCUGGCAAGUAAGGCACGCGAGCUUUCUAUUCUAUGCAACGCCAAGGCCUGCGUGUUGGUGUACGAUGAGGGAAAUGCGGCGCCAAAGGUGUACCCAUCGCACGCCGAGGCGGUGGAUCUCCUGAAUAGGUACAGAACCAUGGCAGAGGGGCGGUUCAAGAAGACGGUGAACCAGGAAGACUUCCUCAGCCAGCGCCUCAGCAAGCUCCAGGUCGAGGAAAACAAGGUACGAGACCCCGAGAUUAGGAUCCUGCUACACAAGGCCAUGCUCGGCAGCGACCUCCCCGAUCUCAAAGUCCAUGAGCUCACCAUCGUCAGUAGUAGGCUGGAGGAGAUCCUCAAGAGCAUGGGCGAAAGCAUCGCUAAAAUUAGCGGACAACCCCCUGUCUUGCAGCCCCAGGUGCCAUACAUCCCCGAUAACAUGGACAUGGGCGGGUCUUCGGCAAUGUAUCAGGCGUCCCAGCCAGCUCCAUACGUCACCAACAACAGGGACAUGGGGUCUUUCGCCAUGAAUCAGCAGUCGUCGCCCACUCCAUACGUCAGCGGCAGCAUGCACGUGGGGUCUCCAAUGAUGUAUCAGGUGCCGCCACAGCAUGAGAGUUGGCUCGACAAGGUGAGAUCUGGAAGGGACCUCGACGCCCUGGCCCACAAUGGCUAUAACACCGCUAGGCAUGACAGCGCCGGCACCAGCGCCGGCGCCGGCUAUAGCACCAAUGGGCACGAUGGCGCCGGUACUAGCGCCAACGCCGGCUCUUCCGGUGGGAUGAAGUCCUUUGAUGUGGGGUUUGGUUGGCAAUCGGGCGGCGUCGAUCCUGAAGAAUCAUCUUGGAGUCUUUUCCCUCCCAUGUAA